UUCCCAUCGUGCAUUUCCCUAAUCUCGCCUGCUGCAGCCAUGGAAACCACAGCAGCAUCUCGUCACAUACCAACUAACUUAACCGCAUUAACCGCAAAGUUGCCGCCCAAAAAAACCCAAUUCCUCAAUUUUACAUCUUGCAAUUCCACGGCCAAAAAGAUUACCCUCUACUGCUCCACAAAACCAAACACCAACAAUCAAGAAGCCACAGACGAAACCCACCCCACUUCCGGUUCACUCCCAAAUUCAACAAUCCAAUCAAAAUCCGCUCCCAUUUCAAGCCCGCAACUUUCAUCCUUUUCGAGGGGCUUAAUCUUCGAUUUGGGCGCCAAUAAUUCGUGGGAUAAUCUCGAAAUCGGCUCUCCCGUCGUGAAGAGAUACCUCGGCGACGAAGAGGAGCGCUGGUACAUGUGGUACCACGGCCGCUGCAGCGAGAAUCCCGGGUUCGAUUCAAUCGGAUUAGCGGUCUCCGGCAACGGCAUUCACUGGGAGAGAGGCACAGAAGGUGUUCGAUCAAAUGCCGAUGUGGGGCUGGUCAUGAGCAACAGCAAAGAUUGGUGGGCGUUUGACACGCACGGCGUUAGGCCUUCUGAAGUCGUGGUGAUGUCCAGCGCCAAAGUCAGAACUAACAGCGCCGUUUACUGGCUUUACUACACCGGAUUCUGCUCCGAGGAUUCCCCAAGGUCGUUGCCCGGAUUAGCCAUGAGCCAGGACGGGAGGCAUUGGGCUCGGAUCGAGGGGGAGCAUCACAGUGGUGCUUUGAUCGACGUGGGGGCGGAUGGCGAGUGGGAUUCGACCUUCAUCGCCUCCCCACAAGUGGUCUUCCAUGGGAGUGGGGAUCUUCGAAUGUACUACCACUCCUUUGAUGCGGAGACAGGGGCGUACGGAGUAGGCAUUGCACGAUCAAGGGAUGGGAUGAGGUGGAUGAAGUUGGGGAGGAUACUGGGUGCAGGGGCUAAUGGGGCGUUUGAUGAGGGCGGGGUGGUGAAUCCGCGUGUGCUGAGGGACAGGAGAGACGGGAAGUACGUGAUGGUGUAUGAAGGGGUUGGCGGGGGGGAUGGGGAGAGGCGGAGCAUUGGGGUGGCGGAGUCUUUGGAUGGAUUGAAGCAGUGGAGGAAGGUAGGAGACGGACCUGUUUUCGAGGAGUCGGGUGUCGGUGGUGGGUGGGAUAGUGAGGGUGUUGGAUCACCAUGCUUGGUUCAAAUGGAUGAACAAUGGAGAUUGUAUUACAGAGGGGUUGGGAGAGGUGGGAGGAGUGGGAUUGGAUUGGCUAUUUCUCAAGGGAGUGAAGUGGACAAGUUUGAGAGAUGGACUGGAUUCAUUUUGUGAUAUGUUUGUUUUUUUGUGUAAUCAAUCCUAUAUUACUUUUCCAUUAUUAUUUGUUUCAAAUUGUGAUAUGAAUCCCAUGUUUUAAUGUUGUGAUUGGUUGA